GGCGGCUUGCUCCUGCCUGGUUCUCACGACCGGCGCUCCACUGGCGCUGCCUUUCUGGUGCCCACGUGGGUUGUGCAGCCAUGGCGGAUCCUGCAGCUGAUGCCUCGGUAGGGGGGAAAGAGGCUGCUCCGGCUCCAGCCCGUCGGGCUCCUCGACGAGUGGCUCACCAGAUUCCCGAAGAGAUCCUGUCAGACCCAGAGCUCAAGGAGGCCGUGGCUUCCCUCCCCUGCAACUACAACUUCGAGGUCUACAAGACAGUCUGGCGCAUCCGGGAGGCUCAGGCGAAACGGGUGGCACUGCAAAUGCCUGAAGGCCUCCUUAUGUUUGCUUGCACCCUUGCUGACAUCAUUGAGAGGUUCACGGGCGCAGAAGCCGUGGUGAUGGGCGACGUGACCUACGGUGCCUGCUGUGUGGAUGACUUCACGGCCCGGGCCCUCGGGGCUGACUUCCUGGUCCACUACGCUCACAGCUGCCUGAUUCCCAUCGACUCCACACAGGGCAUGAAGAUGUUGUACGUCUUUGUGGACAUCAAGAUCGACACGGCCCAUUUCAUUGAGACGCUGCGCUUCAACUUCCAUGCGGGGGCCAAGUUGGCGCUGGUCAGCACGGUCCAGUUUGUGCCGGCGCUGCAGGCUGCCAUCCAGGAGCUUCGAUCUGACUUCGCCAUCUGCACCCCCCAGUGUAAGCCUCUCUCACCUGGGGAGCUUCUGGGUUGCACGUCCCCCCGGUUGGCCCAGGACACAGAUGCUGUUGUGUACCUUGGAGACGGCCGCUUCCACCUGGAAUCCAUCAUGAUUGCCAACCCAGGGAUUCCUGCCUACAGGUACGAUCCUUACGGCAAGAUCUUCUCGCGGGAGCGCUUUGACCACGAGCGCAUGCAGGAGUCGCGGAAAGAAGCCAUCCGGAGAGCAUCUCGUGCCUGCAAGUGGGGGCUAAUCCUGGGAACUUUGGGGCGCCAGGGGUCCCCAGCCAUCCUGGAGCACGUGGAGUCCUGCCUCCGUGCCGUGGGGCGCUCCUACAUCCGGCUUCUGCUCUCGGAGAUCUUCCCUAACAAGCUGCAGCUCUUCCCCGAUGUGGAGGCGUGGGUCCAGGUGGCAUGUCCCCGACUCUCCAUCGACUGGGGGCAGGCCUUCAGCAAACCUCUGCUCACACCCUAUGAGGCCGCUGUGGCUCUGCAGCAAAUCCAGUGGCAGGAGACGUACCCCAUGGAUUUCUACGCCAGCCAGUCGCUGGGGCCCUGGACAGUGAACCACAGCAAUCGCCAUCCCCAGAAGGGGAGCAGGGGCAAAGAGGUGAACCUAGCAAAGGCCACGCUUCCAGCCGAGAAGAGAGCCUGUGAGCGCUGCGAGUGCCGUGAGGGAGAGCCGCCGCGCCUGCAGACCCAGGAGCCCUGAGUCUCCCUGGGAGGCCUUGCCUGCCCAGCCAGUACCUGGGAUCCCGUCAUGCUGCUGGGCAUGGGGCCAGCUUGCCAGCGCAUUUGAGAAGCAGCAGGGCUUGAGCUGAGGGGCUCAGAUCCCUCCCCCCCAGAGGGAGCUUCAUUAAGCAGGUAACAAGCCCUCAUUGCCAUGCUGUGCGUGGUCCAAAGACACUCUACCCAGACUCUCACAUUUUGAGCAGCUGGGCUGGAAAGGAGGAUGGUGCGUUUCACCCGUCUCUACGCACUUACCACUGCACCUCCUUGCUUUCGUGUCCAGAAAUGGGCCCUGAGCUAAACUGCCCAGUUGGAGUCUUGUGUAAACGGGGGGUAGAAUCCUUGCUUGCCAGAGGAGGGGCAGUUUGCCCUUCACCUCUCAGGGCCCCAAACUAGCUGCGGGCAUGGGCUCUGGCCGCUUUGCAUUGUAGCCACGAAUUGGGAGGGGGUGCUGGCUAGAGGGGGGGCUAGCACCUCUUUGUUUGGGACAGAAAAUAAAUAAAAAAGGUGCCUUCACAGUGGGGAGGGAUUACUGGAGCUGGCCAAGGGCCUUUGAGUGGGUGGUCUUUUAAUUUGAAGCCAGAUGUGUCCACGUUGGACCUAGAUUGUGAUCCCUGACUGGUGGAGCCUGUGGAGGAGAGCGGGGUGGGGGUUGGCUUUGGGACUUAGAGAGAGGCAGAGCCUGCCAUGGUGUUGCCCCAAAGCUAAACAUUUCGCCUCCAAGCAAAUGUGUUCCCCUCCAAGCCCACGUGUUGCUUGGAACCAGGAUCAACUAGUCUUGUGGCUGGCUGCCCCUUAGCUAAGCAACUGCAAGGGGUGGGAAAGGUGUCAUUUAGCAUACUCUGUAUUCCUGGUAAGCUUUUCUUGAAAAAAUAAAAUUUGGCUAAUUUCCACUGAAAUAAA